AUGAAAACUGUAUUCCAGUGUACCGCACUGUGUGCACUCCUGGUCGUCUCCAUCUGCUACGACUCAGAGGAGAGCCAUGAAUCCUUUGAAGAUAUAUUUGUCAAUUCUUACCGAGCCAAUUCCUUCAUGAGUCCACCCAGGGGCAGUGGCCACAGUAACUACUACUAUAGACGGAAGGUGAAAUCGCCGGCUGAAGUUCGUGCCGAGAUUUGUGAGGAUUAUAUUCCAUGCAGUAUUUACGCCCAUCAGUAUGGAUCCCAGCUGGCAUACCACAAAUUCUUUGGCGCCAGACAAGCCACCGCCAGCAACAACAACAACAACAGCGGCCGAGGAAGACAGAUCAAUCGCUACUUUUGA